ACCUUGAAACUUAAAGGUGCUGCUACAGAUUAUGAACCCCGUCCACAUCUCAGCUCAUCAGAGAUCUGCGGCUUCCAGCUUACAUCAACCUCACCCAAAAAGUGCCCAGGAGGCCCCUGAAAUGACAGUGUAUUGUGAAAAUUUUAGCAUGUAUCACCAGCAGAACCUCCACUCUUCCCAGAGAACAGCUAACUACGGUAUAGGGGAUUAUGCUCCUCCGACUAAUCCUUACUUAUGGCUUGGGGGGCCUGGAAUGAACAAUUCGUCCAGUUAUCUGCAUGGAAGCAACCCUACGUCUUACAUGCCGCCUUCCUACGGAUCCCAGAGGCAGUUUCUGCCCAGUUCGUCGAGCUUUACUGGGACAGAUCUGGGGUGGUUGUCUAUUGCUUCUCAGGAAGAACUACUCAGGCUAGUGAGACCUCCUUACUCAUACUCAGCUUUGAUUGCCAUGGCGAUCCAAAAUGCUCCAGAGAAGAAACUUACUCUCAGCCAGAUAUACCAGUAUGUGGCAGAGAAUUUCCCUUUCUACAAGAAAAGCAAAGCAGGCUGGCAGAACUCUAUUCGACACAAUCUGUCCUUAAAUGACUGCUUCAAAAAGGUCCCGAGAGAUGAAGAUGACCCAGGAAAAGGGAAUUACUGGACCCUGGAUCCCAACUGUGAGAAGAUGUUCGAUAAUGGUAACUUCCGCAGGAAACGAAAGCGCAGAUCUGAGUCAAGCAUAUCUGACUCUCUCGCGGUAAAAGGUGAAGAUGGCCGCCAGGUUGGAAAAGGAGCAGAAAGUCCGUCCAUACUGACACCAUCAUCACCGGAGAUGGAAAUUACUUCAGAUGAUAGGAAAAGUACAUCUCCCCCCGGAAUCACCUCCACGCCUUGCCUGAACAACUUUUUUAGCAGCAUGACCUCUGUGGAUACAACCUCAGCAAACAGACAGAUGUCACUUGGACUGGUGAAUGAACUGAAUCAGAGAAACAUUACUGGCCUGAGCAAUUUUACCUCGGGUUCUGUUUCUGAGACAUCUUCAGAUCUCCAAGAUAACAGCCUGCACAUCAACAGAGCAUCUUACUACAACUCCUUUCCUACCACAGCCAAUCAGGGCAACCAAUUCAACAGCCAUUUCUACAACAACUUCAGCGUCAACAGUCUGAUCUACACUAGGGAAGGGAGUGAGGUGUAAUCCAUAAAAAUAAUAUUUAGUAGAAGCAAUGAUAGACAUUUAUAAGUUUCAUUGUUCGACAGUUCAGAUUUCAUUAUUUUAAAGACAGUCCGAAAAUGCCCAGAACUGAGCGGAAGAAGAAAAUGGAUACCGCGCUACUCACUAUGUGUCUUUUGCAUGAGAAACUGUUACAUUAACAUAUACUUAAAAAUAAACCAUGCACAAAAGAGCAACCGUGAAAUAAAAAAUUGUAAAAUGGAUCUUGCUCCAUUUCGAAGUUUACGAAGAUAAUGUAUAAAUAGACAGAUAUUUUAUGCAUCA